CACAUCCCUCCCCUCUCUUCCGUUUUUUUCUCUCGUUUCUCUGUACUCUAAAACCACACAAAAUGGGAAAGGAGAAGACCCACGUUAACGUUGUCGUCAUCGGCCACGUCGAUUCCGGCAAGUCUACCACCACUGGUCACUUGAUCUACAAGUGCGGUGGUAUCGACAAGCGUACCAUCGAGAAGUUCGAAAAGGAAGCUGCUGAGCUCGGCAAAGGUUCCUUCAAGUACGCUUGGGUGCUCGACAAACUGAAGGCCGAGCGUGAGCGUGGUAUCACCAUUGAUAUCGCUCUUUGGAAGUUCGAGACUCCCAAGUACAUGGUCACCGUCAUCGAUGCCCCAGGACACCGUGACUUCAUCAAAAACAUGAUCACUGGUACUUCCCAGGCUGAUUGCGCCAUCCUCAUCAUCGCCGGUGGUACCGGUGAGUUCGAGGCUGGUAUUUCCAAGGAUGGUCAGACUCGCGAGCACGCCCUCUUGGCCUUCACUCUUGGUGUUCGUCAGCUCAUCGUCGCCGUCAACAAGAUGGACACUACCAAGUGGAGCGAAGACCGUUUCAACGAAAUCAUCAAGGAGACUUCGACCUUCAUCAAGAAGGUCGGCUACAACCCCAAGGCUGUCGCAUUCGUUCCUAUCUCUGGCUGGCACGGUGACAACAUGUUGGAGGAGUCCGCCAACAUGCCUUGGUACAAGGGUUGGACUAAGGAGAACAAGUCUGGCACAGUCAAGGGCAAGACUCUCUUGGACGCCAUCGACGCCAUUGAGCCCCCUGUCCGCCCCUCCGACAAACCUCUCCGCCUUCCUCUCCAGGAUGUCUACAAGAUUGGCGGUAUCGGCACGGUGCCCGUCGGUCGUGUUGAGACUGGUGUCAUCAAGGCUGGUAUGGUCGUCAGCUUCGCUCCUUCGAACGUGACUACCGAAGUCAAGUCGGUCGAAAUGCACCACGAGCAGCUCGUUGAGGGUUUACCUGGAGACAACGUUGGCUUCAACGUGAAGAACGUGUCUGUCAAGGACAUUCGUCGUGGUAACGUUGCGUCUGACUCCAAGAACGACCCCGCCAAGGAGGCCGCUUCGUUCAACGCUCAGGUCAUCGUCCUCAACCACCCUGGUCAGAUCGGUGCAGGUUACGCCCCUGUGCUUGACUGCCACACUGCCCACAUUGCCUGCAAGUUCUCUGAGCUUAUCGAGAAGAUCGACCGUCGGAGUGGCAAAUCUCUCGAGGCGUCUCCCAAGUUCGUCAAGUCCGGUGAUGCUUGCAUCGUCAAGCUUGUUCCCUCGAAGCCGAUGUGCGUUGAGAGCUAUAACGAGUACCCGCCUCUUGGUCGCUUCGCUGUCCGUGACAUGAGACAGACGGUUGCUGUCGGUGUCAUCAAGUCCGUCGACAAGACUGAAAAGACCGGUGGCAAGGUCACGAAGUCCGCCGAGAAGGCCGCCAAGAAGAAGUAAAUAGAUGUAGAAGUACUGUAUUCUUCUUUCUUUGGUUUUUUUGCUAUCUCUUCAUCGCCUUCAUACCUGCAACGUGUGUUGUCUUCCCCACGCAAAUCUUGUAUGCACUGUAACGAAUUGCACGCAAGGAGUUGGUCGAGUCCAACUUCUGUACGCUUACUACACUGGAAGGUGCUCGUCAAGAACAUGUGCAUAUUUCCUUUGUAUUAUAAAUGUCGCAUUGUAGUUGGCUUGUGUAAGCAUAUGAUUUGAUCUAACUAGCCACGCAACAUUUGAGAUCUGAGACCCCCUGCAUGUGACAGAGUUCAGGUUUAUAUCCU